CAGUUUUUUUGUGUAAUCUAGCCUUUGCAAUUGCGUGAUGCAAUCGUUUACACCGUUUCUAGUCUUCUGUUGUGUACUACACUGUGUGACAUGUGAAGAUCCCGAGUUUAAUUUGACUGCGAGACAACUUAUAUUAUACAACGGCUACCCAGAGGAAGAUCACUGGGUGACGACAUCCGAUGGCUUUAUUCUAGGCUUGCAACGAAUACCACAUGGAAAACAUGGACCAUCAUCAGGUCCACGUCCUGUCUUUUUCUUGCAACAUGCUCUCCUCUGUUCUAGCACAACUUGGCUAACUAAUGUCGCUAACGAAAGUUUGGCAUUUUUGCUAGCAGACGAGGGAUAUGAUGUGUGGCUUGGAAAUGUAAGAGGAAACACGUACUCAAGAAAUCAUACAAAACUUAGUCCAAGUCAAAGUGCUUUUUGGUCAUGGAGUUGGGAUGAGAUGGCCUUACUUGACCUUCCAGCUAUGAUCAACUACGUCAUCGAAGUCACUAACCAGACUGAAAUUUUCUAUGUUGGGCAUUCACAGGGCACUGUUAUGGGAUUUGCUGGGUUUUCUGUUAACCAAGUUUUAGCCUCUCAUAUCAAAGCCUUCUUUGCCCUUGCCCCUGUGGCUCAUGCUGGUCAUAUAAAGGGGCUACUGCGAGUACUCGCAGUUGUAGCACCAGAAAUUGAGGAUCUGUUACAUCUGUUUGGUGUUAAAGAUUUUUUGCCAAACACUGAAUUGACAAAGUUCAUUGCUCAAUAUGUGUGUGUAUCGGAUAUUGCUGCACUGUGUGCUGAUGUGCUUUUCUUGACAUGUGGAUUUGACGUAUCUCAUUUCAAUGAGACAAGGCUACCAGUGUAUCUAAGCCACACUCCAGCAGGGACGUCAGUGCAGAAUGUUAUUCACUUUGUUCAGGAAGUAAACAGCAAUAAGUUUCAGAUGUAUGACUAUGGAAGUCCCCAAGCCAAUGCUGAUCACUAUUCCGGCAUGACUGCCCCUCCUGUGUACAACCUAACCGACUUUCAUGUGCCAGUGUACACUUACCAGGGAACAAACGAUUGGCUUGCAGACUCAGAGGAUGUCGUAUGGUUGAAGUCUCAGCUUUCGUCACUGCAAGGAAACAAAACUAUUAAUGGGUAUGAACAUCUUGACUUCAUCUGGGCAACUGAUGUGGCCACCCAGGUCUAUGGCCACAUCAUUGAUGAAGCUAAAAAGCUCCUUCAAUGAUGUAUUA